AGCCUCAGCAUAUUCUGAUUUCUGUCUACUACCCCCAGAGCCUGUUCUCAGGCUGCCUGAUUGGAUUAAUGAUGACAAACACAAACAGGAAUCAGAUGACUGAGAAGAUCCUGGAUCUGACCCUGGAGGUCAACUACCUGCUGACUGGAGAGGACUAUGUUAUCAUGAAGAGAUCUGGUGAAUCUAUACUACAGAACUGUAAUUUUUCUGUGGCUGAAGGACACGGUGGUACCCAGAACCCCAGCAUGGUGUCUCCAUCUCACUCACUGAUACAUGAGAAAAACAAUAACCAAAAUAUCCUGGAACUGACCAAUCAGAUCAUCCACCUGCUGACUGGAGAGGUUUGGAAGCAUUUAAAAGGGCAAAAGGAAAUUUACAAGGAAGUGAUGAUGGAGAGUCACCACCCCCUCAUCUCCUUGGUAGAUGGUUCCAUAAACAGAAAUGAAAUCAGUGGAUUGUACACUUCAGUUUCUUCUCCGGAUUAUAUAACCAAAGAUAACGAAAUCACAAGUGAUCAAAAAAUAAACUGUGUGGCAGUCUGUACACCAAGCAGUAAAUCUUUGAGUCAUGAAACUACAGAAUCCGAGGAAGUAAAUCUCCAAGACAUUAAUACCCCCAUAGAAAAUAUAGAGACUGAAGAUCCAUCCACUCAUAUUAAGGAGGAAUCCGUCUCAUGGGAAGAAGUAACUCACACAGACGUCUAUACACCCACAGAAGAUGCAGAGAUAGAAUAUACAUCUACUCAUAUUAAGGAGGAAUCGGUCUCAUGGCAAGAUGGAAAUCUUGUUGAAGCUUCCAUUUGCACAACCAAGGGAGAUGCACAAAUGAACUAUAGAACAAAAUGUGAAUCUGCAUCAAAUGAAAAACAUAUUCUUAUAAACACUGAUAUUUAUACAGGCACAGACCAUAGACAGACAGAAUAUCUACCUGACCUUAUUAAGGUAGAAUCAGACUCAUGUGAAAUCGGCACUCUCUCCAGUAUCAAGGUUUAUACACCCAUAGGAGAUAAUCAGACGGACUAUACAUCAAAUAAUGAAUCCGUAUCAAACAAAGAAGAAAUUCCGGGAGACAUAGACAUUUAUGCACCCACAGAACAUACACAGACAGAAUAUUCAUCUACUCUUAUUAAGGAGGAAUCAGCAUCAUAUGAGGAUGGAAAUUUCACCACCUUAGACCUUCUUACCCCUACUUGUCAUACUGAAAUACAAAACUCUUCUGAAUGUAGAAAAUGCUUCACUGAAACUUCAGAUAUUAAGAAACAUGUAAGGAUUCAUACAGGAGAAGAAACAUCAAAUCACAAUAAACACAUGAAGAUUCACACGGGAGAUAAAUCGUUUUCCUGUUCAGAAUGCGGAAAAAGUUUCAGUCGCUUUUAUAGUCUUAAGUUUCAUGUAAAGAUUCACACCGGAGACAAAUCAUAUUCAUGUUCUGAAUGUGGGAAAUGUUUUGCUCACUUGUCAACUCUUAAGAGACAUCAAAGGAUUCACACCGGAGAGAAAUCACAUUCAUGUUCUGAAUGUGGGAAAUGUUUUUCUCAAAUGGUACAUCUUAAGUCACAUCACAGGAUUCACACAGGAGAGAAAUUAUUUUCAUGUGCAGAAUGUGGAAAAUGUUUCAGGGACUCUUCCGCUCUUAACAAACAUCAAAUGAUUCACACAGGAGAGAAAUCAUUUUCAUGUGCAGAAUGUGGGAAAUGUUUUGCUCACUUGAUAUCUCUUGAGAUACAUCAAAGGACUCACACAGGAGAGAAACCAUUUUCAUGUUCUGAAUGUGGGAAAUGUUUUAUUAAAAUGUCAAAUCUUAAGGUACAUCAAAGGAUUCAUACAGGAGAGAAACCAUUUUCAUGUUCAGAAUGUGGAAAAUAUUUCAAUGACUCUUCCAAUCUUAAGACACAUCUAAAGUCUCACACAGGAGAGACAUAUUCAUGUUCUGAAUGUGGGAAAUGUUUUGUUCAAAUGUCCGCUCUUAAGGCACAUCAAAGGAUUCACACAGGAGAGAAACCAUUUUCAUGUUCAGAAUGUGGAAAAUGUUUCAGAAACUCUUCCACUCGUAACAAACAUCAAAGGAUUCACACAGGAGAGAAAUCAUUUUCAUGUUCAGAAUGUGGAAAACGUUUCAGAGACUCUUCCACUCGUAACUCACAUCAAAGGAUUCACACCGGAGAGAAACCAUAUUCAUGUUCAGAGUGCGGAAAAAGUUUCAGUCACUCUUAUAGUCUUAAGUAUCAUUUAAAGAUUCACACUGAAGAUAAAUCAAAGAUUCACACUGAAGAUAAAUCUUAUUCAUGUUCUGAAUGUGAGAAAUGUUUUGCUCACUUGUCAUCUCUUAAGAGACAUCAAAUGAUUCACACAGGAGAGAAAUCAUAUUCGUGUUCUGAAUGUGGGAAAUGUUUUAAUCGAAUGUCAUCUCUUAAGAAACAUCAAAUGAUUCACACAGGAGAGAAAUCAUAUUCGUGUUCUGAAUGUGGGAAAUGUUUUAAUCUAAUGUCAUAUCUUAAGAAACAUCAAAGGAUUCACACAGUAGAGAAAUAUUCAUGUUCUGAAUGUGGGAAAUGUUUUAAUCGAAUGUCAUAUCUUAAGAAACAUCAAAGGAUUCACACAGGAGAGAAACCAUUUUCAUGUUCAGAAUGUGGAAAACGUUUCAGCCACUCUUCCACUCGUAACAAACAUCAAAUGAUUCACACAGGAGAGAAACCAUAUUCAUGUUCUGAAUGUGGGAAAUGUUUUGCUCACUUGACAUCUCUUAAGAUACAUCAAAGGACUCACACAGGAGAGAAUCCAUAUUCAUGUUCUGAAUGUGGGAAAUGUUUUGCUCACUUGAAAUCUCUUAAGAUACAUCAAAGGACUCACACAGGAGAGAAACCAUUUUCAUGUUCUUAAUGUGGGAAAUGUUUUAUUAAAAUGUCAAAUCUUAAGGCACAUCAAAGGAUUCACACUGGAGAGAAACCAUUUUAAUGUUCAGAAUGUGGAAAAUGUUUCUGUGACACUUCCUCUCGUAACAUACAUCAAAGGAUUCACACUGGAGAGAAACCAUUUUCAUGUUCAGAAUGUGGGAAAUGUUUCAGUCAAUUGACAAAUCUUAAGACACAUCAGAGGAUUCACACGAGAGAAAAAACUAUUUCUUGUUAAAAAUGUCUGAAAUGUUUCAUUGUUCAAUGCUACACUCCAAUUAAUACGUUAUUUGGAAAUAAGAACUAUUGAAUGCUACCCUGCACUACUGUGCCGUGUGCCCGUCCACCUACAAAUUUGCCUUUGGAAGAGAAGGGGGUAAAAAAAAAUACCAAGGGUGGCCAAACUUCAUACUUGUUAGAGCCUCAUGGUAAAAUUUAGAAAUAUUCAAGAGCCACAUAGAAAGUUUAAUGGA